CGGCAGACUCGGAGCUGCCCAGCAUCGAUGUUUUUGGCGGUCAAGCAUCCGCCAGUGUGCCUUGUUGGCGCCUGUCACUUUGCCCGCCGUCAUUUGCCCGCCUUUGGCAAGAACCACCUCUCUGCUCUCCCCAGCCGCCCGCUGCAACCUCGAUCGGCUGGAUCGACUGGAGGCCCGUGCUCUAAUCGCCAUGACCAUGUCGACUCCCUCGUCGCUAGAGGGCGAGUUCGGUCUCGAGUUCAAGCGAUCCUGUGCCGAGGCCGAUGGCACACCGCCGACAAUGUCGCUUGGCGAGGCGGUAUCGCUGAUCAGCCGAUUUGCAUUGCUCCACAACGUUUUCAUCGGGCAGCAACACAUGAUGCAAAUCCAGGCCCAGCUGCACAAGAAUCCAGACAUCUCUCUCACCGAGCAUGAGGCCCUGGAGCUCUUCAGCACCCUCUGCACUCUGGCCGAUCGAGAUGAUAGUCCGGCACUGGACGACAAGCCUGGGCACUCGCCAGCACCCGUUCCUCCAUCGGAUCCGCUACCAGGCCCGGAGCUGCUCGCGCUGGUUCCAGAGCCGAUCGCUAUGGGACCACGCCCAUGGUCGUCCAAGUUGCCCAAGCGGAAAUCCCUCAUCAGGAAGAUCAAUGAGAGGCGAGCGGCCGAGCCCACGGCCGAGAUCAUUGAUCAGUCAUUCGUCCCCGCCAGCGGCCUGACCAAGGCCGAGGUCCCCAGCGAACCCAAUAUCCCGAGAGACGAUGCGGACCGUGAGCUUCCCUUGCUUCAGAUCGACAAGCUCGAACAAGAGCAUGCGUCCAGAGAACAUCCCUCAAGAGACCAUGUGACCAAGGACGAGGAGAUCCGCAAUCUCAAGGCCCAGCUGCGGUCGCACCGGAAGCAGCUCGAGGAGAAGGACUAUUUGAUCAAGGCUCACGAUCAACAGCUCGAGGCUCUCCUGCAAACCAACGGCGAUCUUAGAGCCGAGGUGGCGACUGCCCGAAAAACGAUUGCAGAGCUCAAGUCGAGCGAGUCCAAGCUGUCCGAGUACGUCCACAAGCUCGAGAGCGACUUGGACGCUUCUGUGGGGCAAAAAAAGAAGCCAUCACCGAUCAAGCAGCGACUGGCCCUGCUCGAAGAUGAAAAUCGUCAGCUCAAAAACACUCUUUCGGAUCAUCAAAGGGACUCGGCAGAAACAAUAUCCGCCAAGGAGGAGAUUAUAUCGGAGCUUCAGGCUCUGCUCGAGACAUACACAAUGCGGAUGCAAGAGUCGCCGAUCCAGCCCGAGGAGUUACCCAGUAUGCUCGUCCAAACGAUCUUGGACACCCACGAAACCUUGGACUUGCCCGACUCUGUGACCCUCGGCAAUGCAGUGCCGCCAACCAAAUGCACAGAUACGCCUGGAAUCCAACCAUCACACGUUGCUACCUGCGAUAUCGAGACGCAAACCGCGCUUGAGGUUGACGAAGACUUUAGCGAUAUCCAUAUCCAUCAUAAGCUGGAGCAACAGCUCCGGAAUCAAGAGUCAUUGGCUUCCCUGCUCAAGAGGGAAAAUGAGGAACUGCAAUCGCAGCUCACUCAAGUUAACCUGCUGCUCAAAGACAACCAAGUGCAGCUCAAGCUGUUCCAGCACAACGAGCGGGAGCUGGUGCAGUGGAUUGAGAUGCAGAAAAAGGACGUUCUGGAAUUGACGCACCAGAUCGCUGGUAUUGAGAAAGGAAUGGAAGCCGAGAUCCGCAAGGUACAGACACUUGCGCAGAUACAGCGCGACAGACAUGGCCAUCCUCAGCCAUCAGAGAUGCUGCUCGAGCAAGACAGUAGCACGGAUUCAGUCCCCAAGAUCCCAGGACGGUGGAGCAGCAGAGCCUCGGUCUCAGAAACAUUAUGCAGCUCUCCGGACCACGAAAGCCCAGGAUCUCAGACCAAAGGUGUCCCGCUUGGUGGUCUGAAGCUGCACUCGGAAACUCUGUCUGGGCCUUGGACUCUUGCCAUUGCGCUCGUCGCACUCAUAUUCCUGGGGCUAGUGGUCACUGCAGGCCUCCACCCUGCUGAUGGGCUCAUUGGCCGCACCCUCUCCGUGCUGCUGCCCACUGUCCCAAAUCCCAUCACCUGAGCUCGAUCCGAGAACAGGUUAAGGCAGCACCGCUAUCAAUCGCAACCUCUGGCGCACUUUGAUAAUAGACAAAUCUUACAGCUGUUCC